AAAUGUGCGUGGGAAAAAUGUGGAAAUUCAUAAUAUUUUUUGGAUUACUAACUCUGGUGCUUGAAGUUCGCACGGUAAAAAUCACAAAAUUAAGCGUGCCAUCGCAGUACAUUCUCAACGCACACAAACCGGAGCAUCUCGUGCUCGAUUGCGAAUACGAGAUAGAGCCACAUGAAAAGGGUUUGGUGCUGAAAUGGUUUCUCAAUAGUCAGCCAGUGUAUCAGUGGAUUCCCGCACGACAGCCUUUUGGCUUGAAGAGUUUCAAGAAUCGCGUCAACACGACAUAUAGCGUGUCGCAAAAAGACUUGCAUAAAUAUCGCGCGAUGGCUGUGACAAAACCAAUGUGGAAUCACACGGGCGAGUAUUCGUGCUGGGUGCAAACGUUCGAGUCGAAUGAUCGGAAGACAGCGAAUGUUACAGUGAUAGUGCCCGAAAGUGAUUUCCAUCUGCAGUACCGCACAGAUCACGAAGGAAUUGUUCAUAUCCGGUGUAAUGUUUACAAUAUUUCACCUGAACCAAGAGUAUCUGUAAUAUUAGGCAACGAUAGAAUAGUUGAUGGCACGCUAAAAUCAACACAAGCCAGUAACGGACUGUAUAUCACGAGUCGACACAUCAAAAUACCACAAAGUGACAUCCAUCCAGAGAGUAAUAUAAAUUGUAUUUUAUCAAUUCCAAAAACAAAUUAUACCCGAAGAAAGGAGGUUGUUUAUUUUGAACAACCGAUUCCUAGUGAUCCAAGUGAACAUGAGAUUGAAGACAUUUCUAGUCCCGUUUUUUCGUUAGGUCCUUUUAAUCAUGGCUGUGCGAAAUCAGCAUUUAAAACGCGGAGCAUAACAUCCUUCAUUCCAUUCAUUAUCCAAAUUGUAAAUAUUUUAAUUUUAAUAUUCAACAACAAAACGACGACACGGUCUUCAACGGCGUCAACAACAUCAUCAACAUCUCCAACGACGACGACAACAACAACAACUGUGUCAAGAGUUACGCCACUUCUUAGUCAUGUUCUAUAA